AUGCUCUGUCCCUGUGCCCCGGAGCUGCCCUGGUCCUUUGCCAGCCCCCUCGUCUAUCCACAGGAGACACUGAUGGGGAAGUACGGGGAGGAGGCGAAGCUCAUCUACGAGCUGCAGGACCAGGGAGGGGAGCUGCUGGCCCUGCGCUAUGACCUGACUGUGCCCUUCGCUCGCUAUUUGGCGAUGAACAAGAUCACCAACAUUAAGCGGUACCACAUCGCUAAGGUCUACAGGCGGGACAACCCGGCCAUGACAAGGGGCCGCUACAGGGAGUUCUACCAGUGCGAUUUUGACAUCGCCGGGCAAUUUGACCCAAUGAUUCCCGAUGCCGAGUGCCUGAAGAUUGUGCAUGAGAUCCUGAGUGACCUGCAGCUCGGAGACUUUCUUAUUAAGGUCAAUGACCGACGGAUUUUGAAUGGUGUGUUUGCUGUCUGCGGCAUCCCAGAGAGCAAGUUCAUAACUACAUGCUCUACCAUAGACAAGCUGGACAAGCUGCCAUGGGAAGAAGUGAAGAAUGAGAUGGUAGGAGAGGAGGGGCUCUCUCCCGAGGCUGCAGAUCGCAUUGGGGAGUACGUCCAGCUUCAUGGUGAGCACUGUGGGGUCGAGCCCUUGGCCUCAUUCCUCCAGGCCGGGCAGGCAGGGCCAGUGACACAGGGGUGCAAGCAGGAGAACGCCCAGGGGGAGGAGCCAGUCAGCGUUGGGAGCGUGGCUGGAGGCGGUCGCUACGACGGGCUGGUGGGGAUGUUUGAUCCCAAAGGACGGAAGGUGCCCUGCGUGGGGGUCAGCAUUGGGAUCGAGCGGAUCUUCUCCAUCCUGGAGCAGAGAGUGAAGGCUUCUGGGGAGAAAAUUCGAACGACUGAGACACAAGUGCUGGUGGCUACACCUCAGAAACACUUAGUCGCUGCGAGACUGAAGCUCAUUUCCGAGCUGUGGGACGCAGGGAUCAAGGCAGAGAUGCUGUACAAGAAGGACCCUAAACUGCUGAAGCAGCUGCAGUAUUGCGAGGACACGGGGAUCCCCCUUGCUGCCAUUGUAGGAGAGCAAGAGCUGACAGAUGGUGUCGUCAAGCUGCGAGAUGUUGCAACAAGAGAGGAGGUUGAUAUCCCAAGAGAAAAGCUGCUUGAAGAGAUCAGAAGGCGGCUGGAGCCCUAG